AUGGCAAGUGAGAUAGUUAAGUUUGCUGUGGAUAGGCCGACAUGGACCAAAAUGGUGAAAGAUAAUAAACUUGGAGAAGCCAAUAUCUAUUCCACGCCCUGCGAAUCUGGAUCAAAAGUCAAUAUAUCGCAAUACCUCCUUCUUCGAAGUGUCUGGUUCCAACACCCUAAGAGCAAAACAAAAGACCUCGAGAAAUGGGGAAUUAAGGAGUUCAAACAAGCGGACAAAUGGCUCGAGAAUAAUAAGGACUGGUUGAUAUAUCUCGAAAACCUUUCGCAAAUUACCAACUACACUGGUCCCCCUCACAGUCUCGGAACAUUUUCAUAUGUUUGGUUUGCCCAUCACCAGGUAAUCAGCCUGCCAGAGCAAUAUGAACAAGUGGAAGACCAGGACAAAAAUGUUUCGUAUAGCCCAAUAUCCAGCCGACUCCGAUCUGCAGCCCACAAGACCAACAUGCACGGCAGAGAGGAAUCACCAACUCCAUUGGGGAAAAAGGGAUACCAGACACCCCCUGAUCAGAUCACGGGAUAUGGAGGAUAUUCUCCUUCGGAGGAGUUAGCUGAGGGUAUCCGCAAUAUGACGGUUCAUGAAAACUCCAGAAAAAGCCCAUCAGAUAUUUCAAACAGUGAUGCCACUAUGAGUCCUGCCUCAGCGCGCAGAGCAUUCCCAAAGGUGGAGGAUGAACAAAUCGUCAACGGCUAUCUCAUCGCGGUCCUAGCCUCCAUUUGCAUGUACCAUCCCGAUGUUAGUCUCCACUGGUCACCAGUUCGAAAGUCAUUUCGAUUUGGGAAGAGAGAUGUAGAACCAAACAGCGGGGAUAGGCCAUAUCUCUUCGAAGCUAGAACAGACGGACAUCUCGCUUCGCGAAAUCCAGGGCCCAAUGAUGCAAAACCAUCUGCGGUUAUUGUGGAAGUUAAACCCACCAACAGACGAUACAACAACAGGGUCAUUUACCAGGCAACUUCCCAGAUGGUAUCUUGGAUAUAUCAGGAGCCAGAUGCACCAGGCGCCAAAAAGCAGUACUGUCGACCUAUGAUAAUUCAAGAACGGGAACAAAUAAGACUUAUCAUUGCAACUUAUGACCAAGAAUACAUCGAUUACUUAAAUAACAAGCCAUCCAGUGGAUCGGAAAUCCCAUUAAUGACAAUGAACGAGCUAUUUACAUGGGACAUCACGAAACAGCAUCACAUGGAAAUAUGUGGCCCUGUUCUCUUAGCUCUUGCGCUGCAAAAUGGUAAAUUAGAGAACUGA